AAAUCCACCGCUCAGCUCAUAGUAGUAUGGAUGUGUAUUUCGUAUAGCUUGAUAGUUUUUGCUAAUUUGAAGAGAAGAGUAUUUAUUUUAAAUAAAUAGUAUUAUUAUUUAUAUACUCUAUUAAGUAAUGAGAAUCGAGAUAUUAAAGUACAAACAAGGCCUUAAGUAUUGUGGAGAAAAUAAAAAAAUAUAGGUAUUAAAGUUCAUUCGGUGUAAAAGCGCAUCAAGAUGAGUUAUAGGGAUUCUUACUCGCUAUUCCCGAGAUAUCAUUCAUACAGCGCAGCUAAAGAUCUACGUGUAGGAUCACAUCUAAGAAGUUCAACGUUGUAUGGAGGGUCUCAGUCUUCAGUGCUGAGUUCUCUAUCAACAUACAGGUCAAGGCCUUUGGAAGGCAUUACUUAUACACCCACACCUGAUGUAAAUGAAGUAUAUCCAGGCCUCUUCGUUGGUGAUGCUGUGGCAGCAAAAGAUAAAGCCUUUUUAAGACGCAUGGGUAUUAACUAUGUAUUGAAUACUGCUGAAGGCAAACGUUACACUCAAGUUGAUACUGACCAUUUGUAUUAUCGCGAUUGUCCUGGUCUGCGAUACAAGGGCUUCCAGCUUAUGGAUCUUCCAUCUACUGAUAUUUCUAAGUAUUUCCAUAUUGCCGCCAAUUUCAUUGAUGAAGGGAUUAGCAGGGGUGGUCGUGUACUGGUGCAUUGCUUAAUGGGUGUAUCGCGUUCGGCUACGUGUGCGCUUGCGUUCCUUAUGAUCAAGCGAGGCAUGACUCUCACAGAAGCGCUGGCUCUCGUUCGCUCUCGCCGCGACAUUCAUCCCAAUGAAGGCUUCGUCCGCCAACUGCAAGACCUCGACAGGCAACUGAGGGUCUGCAGGGUCCGCUGACAUCACACCCCCUUCGAACCAGUUCUCGGGCUCCCAUACAAUUUCAGCAGCCAACAUCUACGAGUACGGAGCCUCGAUCGAGCUUACACUAGUCGCUAUCAUUAAACGAGAACUAGGUAAACCAUGUGUCAAAAUUUGUUGACAAAUAUUCAAUUUUGAUAGACAUAUACCAAGUCAUGUGCUGUGCACUAAAGAGGCAUUGUUGAAAAAUAAUAUUUUAAUAAAUCUGUAUAGAGGUAGCUGUUUGAAUAUUUGAACUAUGUAGUAUUGAAAUUUCACAUUAAGGACCUAAGUACAAUGCAUUGUUAAUAAUUCCCAUGUGCCAUUCAGUUGGUACCUAUAUUUAAAUUAAAAAUAUUGUAAAAUAAUAAUUAUUCUUAGAAACUGGACUAUUGAUUGAAAUAUUUAUUCUUAGAAAUAUAACUAAAUAAUGAAUUAAGUAUAUUAUUCAUUGGUUUGACCAAUAUAUAAAUUGCUUGCUUACAAGUAAUAUAAAAUUCACAACAUGUUUAAAACAAAACACCAAAGAUUCACUCAGUAUUCUAUAAAUAGUUAUGUUACAUCAUAUAAGAAACAUGAAACCAUUUUUCAUGAUUAGUCAUGGAGUUAUUUUGUUAUCUAAAAUAUUUGUUUUGUUGAUUUAAUUAAGUAUGUUAAUUCAUAGAUUCAGGCAAUAAAUUUGUAGUAAUAAGCUAUUAAGACUGGCAGCUAUGGAAUAACUUUGAAAUUUGAAGAUGGCUUCACAAUUUUUUUGUAUUUUUAGCAAAUAGGUAUGUCAUUGCCCCCUUGAAAUAUGUCAAGGUUUAAAAUCAGGCUUCUUGCCAGCUCGUGACUUGAGCACACGUGCAAAAAGCAAGGCGACAAUAAUCUAGAUGUGAUCUUUCGUUUCAAUUAGAUUUGACUCAGUGUUAAUUACAUAAUACAAUAAAUACUGUACACUACAUAUUUUAACAUUAUAUUGCCACAUUGAAUGAAAUGUUUACUAUUAUGAAUUUAAUGAAGUAUGAUAGUUGCUCAUGCAACAUAAUUAUUUAAAUACUCAUGAGAUAUAUUUUCAAGAAAAUUAAUACAUAAAUUGCAGAAAAUAACUUUUUUAGUCAUAAACAAGAUUUCACAUUGGUUUGUAGCUAAAGCUAUAUGGUUUUGUGUGUUUGUGAUAUAUAUAAUUUUAUUAAUUUAAUGUUAUACCUGUAUUUUUUAUGUUAAUUUUUAAUAGAUGGUAUGAACAAAAUCAAUAUCAAUUUUAGAAAUAUAAUCUCUUUUAACUGGCACUUAGAAACAGAUCUUUAUGGAAUUUCAUUAUCUUAUAGAGUGUUACUUAGAAUAAUUUUAUUCGGAAAAAAUGCAAUAUAUUGUUGUGAUGUAAUAAAUGUCUCGAUUUGUUGUGCAGAGAUCAUAUAUUUUUGAGCAAAUUAUAUUUUAUUAAUGUAGAUAUAGCCUUUAAAAUCUCUAUGCCUUAUGUAGACAUGCUAGAAAUUAGAAAUAUUUUAUCACCAAAGUUUAAAAGUACUGUAAAAUUUUAAUAAUUUGUAACUGUGAUAUACAAUUUAAUUUAUAAUUUUUUUAAUUAAUAUAGAGCUUAUUUAAAAAUCAGAUCUGACAAGAAUCUCUACGUUUUAUUUUCAGGAAGGGUAACUAGUUCAUACAUAUAAUAUAACCAUUAUGAUCAUUCAGUAUCAUUUGUUUCAUUCUGUAAUUGUAAGAAUGUAUUAUAUAUAUUAUUCUGAAAUAAAGAUAUUUAUUCAUA